CAGAGGGAGAGAGGACAGAGAAAAGAGACUGAUUCAUUCUUUUUUAUACAUAUAUAUUCUGCUUUUUGUUGGCAACUGAACACACUUUCAACAACUGUUAACUUGACUGCGGGAUGCAAACAUUUUUUUCUUCCUUUGUUCAGUCACAGUCACUUUGGAGAAGUUGAAAAGAGAAGAGAAAAGAAGAGGAUUUGACCCUUUGACUUGGAGAGUUCCCACGUUUAUGUUUCGGCUGUUUGGACUUUGUGUAUGUACUGACCUCAUAUACUGACCUGGACAGUGAUUCAUUUGUCCACCAUGACGGGCAGGUGGAACCUCAUAAUACCUGCUCUGUGCCUCUCUGUCGUCAUAGUCCUGUCCAAAGCAUCCUGUCCCAAUGGAUUUAACAAAGUGAAGUCGAUUUGCAUUGACAAUGAUGAGUGUGCCGUGGACGAGAAUGAUCCAGAAGAAAUUGGACCCUGUGGAGAAGAUUCUCUCUGUAUCAACACCCACGGUGGCUUCCACUGCCAAUGUAAAGACGGUUACAGAUCGUCGACAGGCACUGUGACCUUCUUGGCUAACACAUCCGCGACAUGUAGAAAUAUCAAUGAGUGUAUGGAAGACAAAGACAUCUGUGGAUCUAAUGCUCAGUGUUUCAACACAAGUCCAUUUUACUCCUGCAUUUGUAAUGAUGGAUUCAACUCGACCACAGGGGUGGAGAAGUUUACUCGUGGUGACAAUGUGACAUGUAGAGAUAUUGACGAAUGUCAAGAGGAACAGGUUUGUGGUCAAAAUGCUACAUGCAUCAACAAAGCAGGCAGUUAUCUUUGUGUGUGCAACGCUGGCUUUGGAAUGAAAUCUGGCAAAUCAGACUUCUCUGGGAAUCAGGAGCAAUGUGAAGAUAUUUGUUUGAUUGAUAAGACAAUCUGUGGAAAUGGAACCUGCCACCGUGGAGCCGGCGGCCAUUACUGUGCUUGCCACACAGGGUUCACUAACUAUGGCGACAAAGGGUCUCGCUGCUCUGCGUUAAACUGUGACAGUUUCAAAGAUGUGAACAGUCUGUCAGAGAAAUUUCCCACUGCACAUCACCUCAUGGUGCAGUUGAAUAAGACUUGCCUGGAGCUCACAGAGGCCAAGAAUCCAAAAGACUUCUAUGAAGAAGACCUUUUAAGGAGGCUGUUGUCUAACAUUGACGAGCUCUUGUCCGGUGGAGCUUUCAACGAUAACAGGAAAGUCUCCACCUUUCUGCAUUUGGUGGAGAACGUCCUGAGGCUGCUGGGACCCUUCAUACAGCCCCCAGGGACAAAUGUGUCCUCUGCACACACAGACCUGGAGCUGCUGGUGCAUAAAGGAGCUGAGUUACCCAGGGGGGCUGUGACUGCAUCAUCCAAGCGAGCUCGGCUGGACAUGCAGUUAGAAACAGCUGCAGGAGAUCCUUCCUACUACCCUGGCUUUACAACACUGUCCUUGCUGAGUUAUGAAAACCUGGAGGACUCUGCAGACGGCUUCAUUGGUGAGAUGAAACCGCCGGAGAACCACAGCCUCAAGAUCAACUCCAAGGUGGUGACCGUCGCCGUCAGCAACAGAAACACAAGCCACCUCAAUCAGCCGGUCAAACUGACUUUGUACCACCUGAGAAAGUUAAAUAAAACCAGCCACUGUGUGUUUUGGAAUUCCUCAUUGGCUGGAGGCGCAUGGUCUCCUCGUGGCUGCAGUGUGGUGGAGUCCAACCAUGAAUACACUGUGUGUUCCUGCAACCAUCUGAGCAGCUUUGCUGUGCUCAUGGCACUCUAUGACAUAAAGAAUAAGUUUGAGUUGCAGCUCAUCACCUGGGUGGGUCUGUCCCUCUCGCUAAUUUGCCUGUUCGUGUGCAUCCUGACAUUCUCACUGAUCCGCUCUAUCCAGAGCCCAAGAACCACCAUUCACCUGCACCUCUGCAUCAGUCUCUUCAUCGCCGUACUCAUCUUCCUCACAGGCAUCUCUCGCACAGAGAACCGGGUUGGCUGUGCAGUUGUUGCAGGGCUGCUGCAUUUCUUCUUCCUGGCAGCAUUUUGCUGGAUGUGUCUGGAGGGCAUCCAACUCUUCCGGAUGGUUGUCCUGGUCUUCAACACCCACUUCAAAACCUUAUACAUGAUGGCAGGUGGCUAUGGAGUCCCAGCUGUGAUUGUCGCCAUCUCUGCCUUAGCUAAUCCCAAAGGUUACGGCACUGAGACAUAUUGUUGGUUAAACCUGGAGUUCAUUUGGAGUUUCUUUGGCCCUGCCUGUGUUAUCAUCACUGUCAACAUCUUCUUCUUUCUCAUCACGGUCUGGAAGUUAGCACAGAAGUUCUCGAGUUUAAACCCUGACCUGGACAAUUUGCAGAAAAUAAAGGCAUUCACUAUUACUGCAGUGGCUCAGCUGUGCGUGUUGGGAACCAUGUGGAUCUUUGGAUGUUUCCAGUUCAAGGAGGGCACCAUAGUCAUGUCUUACCUAUUCACCAUCUUUGGCAGCCUUCAGGGGGUUUUGCUCUUCAUCAUGCACUGUCUGUUUUCCAAACAGGUCAGAGAAGAAUACAGAAACAUCCUACUCAGAUGCUGUGCACCCCAGAAGAAGAGAUACACAGAGUUCAACUACUCCAACUCCAGCAAAACACCCGCAUCCAAGAGCAGCCAGGACACAGGAGAGUCUCACAUCUGACGAGACAGACGUUACUCAAGAGCAAAGAUGGACUUACUGUAUAUCUGCACUCUCAGUAGUGGCCAAUGCACAAGUUUUUUUUACUGCAAAAUGGUGUAAAUAGUAUCCUUCAUUAGCAAGUGCUGGUCCUUUGUAUUUUAUAAGCUAUGAAACUGUUGGUUAAUGCAACUAAGCUAUUUCUUUCAAAAUGAUAAAAUGGCAUGUUUCGGUAACUUUUACUGUCACACAGAUAUUUUUGUCAUUUCUUUAUGUGAAAAAUAAUAUUGGUUUUGGACGGAAAAUAAAAAUGAUAGAUGGUAUUAUAAGAAGACCUGUUUAUUGGGUACAUCUAAUACAGCUUGUUGUGUCAUCCAGGUACUUAAAUCAACAGACAGAGACAAUCUGAAAGAUAUUAUAAAAGCCAAACACUCUUUUAUCCACUCCCUGGGUAACACAUGAGCCAAAAAAACAAUGACAAUUAAGAUACAGAGAUGCAUUUUAAAUGUAUGUAUGUAUGUGUAUAUUUGCUGGGUUCUCUUACUUAACUGCAUUCCCUCUCUGUUCAGCUGUAACUGUUUUUAUGUAUUGUAUCCACAUUUUAAUGUUUUAGAUUUUAUUUACCAAGUUCAAAUAAGUUUAAAAACUUGAAUUUUCAAUAAUUGUUACUAUUGUCUGAGGGAUAUAAUAAAUGAAUAAGUGCUGGUUCAUCACACAUUCUGAAUUUCCAAUUUAUUAUGUAAUCUUUUGUUUUGUAUUUACAAUUUGUAUUGUAUAUGUGUGUGUGUGUGUGUGUGUGUGUGUGUGUAAUCUUUUUAUGCCUUUGCUGGAAGCUUUGAAACCAAACCAGUAUUUCUG